UGUCAUAUAUCCACAAACACCAUAAGACCAUAGAGUAGGCCCAACAAAAAAAAUCAGGUAGGUCCUCGAAGAAGCCUAAUAGCCGUUUUAGUCAUCGUCGUCGUCGCUAGAAACCUUGAGAAAAAGAGUGAAAAUCUAGCAUCGAUCAUGGCAAUGAGAUCCGCAGCAACCGGUGCUUCUCGCUCAUCACUUCAUCGCAUCAUGGACGGAGCUGCUCGUAGGUCUUCCCUUUUCGCUCGCUUCUCCAGCGAUGGCCGCGUUCUCAGCGAAGAGGAGCGUGCUAAAGAGACCGUCUACAUCCAGAAAAUGGAGAGGGAGAGGUUGGAGAAACUGAAAAAGAAGCAAGAGAAAGAGAAGGCUGAGAAAGAAAAGGAGGGUGCUGAGAAGAAAACUGAGGGAGAUUCUCACUAAAACUAAAGCAGAUUCGGAGUCUUGCAGUUUCUUUGAUCGCUUCCUGGGAAAUAAAUGUAUAUUGUACUCAAGUGAAUCUGUAUGUCCUGUAUAGCUUGCCUAGACAUUGGGUACAAUAUCGUUCAUGAACUUGUUGUAUCAGUUGUUGUCCCUGGUUUGAGAUUCUGUUAUGUGCAAUCUUACUUAGUUGAGAACCUGAGACUGUUAUGUACUGUACAAUCUUGUUUGAUGAGUUCAGGCAAGUUGUCAUCUUUGUUUGGUUAUGGCACUACAAUGCUGUGAGUCCCUGUGAUUGGACUGAUUGCUGUGAAAAGAAUUUGCUCUUAGUAAUUAAA